AUGAAGGAUUCAGCAGCCGACACCUCCGUGACACAAGAGAAUACCCAGCAGGAGUCCACUUCCGAGAGCGAGAUACAAAUUACACAAGCCAUCGUGGAUAAUUCCGUGAAUUUCGGAGAUGUGGUUGCUAUAGUAAUCGCUGUGCUUAUCAUCGCGCUCAUGUGUGUGGCGCUGCUGGUAGGUAUACUCGCGUGUCUGCGAGCAAGGCAGUUCAAACGCGCGGGUAUGGGAAAGAACAAGAGCCAAUCAGCCUUAGCGGACCAGCACUGCGCAACUGAG